CGUUCUCUAUGGGAGAAACUGGGUCGGAUAAAUGCUACCACUCCAGUCUCAAGGUUUCCAUGGGCUGUAGUUGGAGAUUUCAACCAAAUCCUUCGCUCCAAUCAGCAUUCAAAUCAUCUUGCUCGGGAUGUAGACGUAUCUGGUAUAGAGGAGUUCAAUCUCGCAAUUCAAGAGGCUGAGAUAUUUGAGGCUCAACGAAAGGACCUUGCUUAUACCUGGUGGAACAACCAGGAGAUAAAUCCGAUCUCGACCAAGAUUGAUCAUGCCUUCAUAAACCAGCAUUUGGCGCAGAAAUUUCUGAAUUCUUUCUCUGAUUUCCUAGCUCCAGAUCAGUCGGACCAUGCUUCAUGCUUUGUCAAAGGCGAGUUACUAAACCUUUCAAGUUCUUCCAUCACGUUAUGGACCACCCUCUUUAUGAAGAAUCUGUUAGGGAAACUUGGAAGUGCGUGGAAAUCCAAGGCUCCUACCAGUUUAAGCUUGCGCGAUCCUUCAAGCUUCUUAAGCCAUGGUAUCUCGGCAAGGGUUAAGGAUCAAGAAGCUAAGUUGUCAGCACUCCAGCAGUCUCUUCUCACAAAUACAGAUGUGGAAACUGUUUGCCUUGAACAUCUCGAAAGAGCUAAAUGGCAUACUUUGGCUUCUGCGGAAGAAAAGUACUACCGCCAAAAGUCUAGAGUCCAAUGGCACCAUCUUGGUGCUAGAGACACAUCGUUCUACCACAAGACGGUUAUUCAAAGGGCAAGCAGAAAUCACAUACAUUUUCUAAGGGACUUUAACGACAGGCUGAUUGGUUCCGCAGAAGAGAUUAAUUCCCAUUCGACGGAAAGCAUGGUCCAGCAUAAGCAGGUCUUGGUAGACUAUAUUUGCUGUGAAAUUUGUAAUGGAGAAUCAGCUUCUUUCUGGUUUGACGUUUGGACUGAUAUAGUCCCGCUUAUUACUUUCGUCGGAGAGCUUGGACCUCGACAAAUGAGGAUUAGGAAGGAUGCUCGUGUUUUGGAGGCAACACGCAAUGGACUUUGGCAUCUCCCAGCGGUUAGAUCUCAGGAAAUGGAAGUACUUCAAAUCAACAUUACAGGCAUCUCUCCUCCAUGUUCAGCUCGCGGAGAGGAUUGUUUCUUUUGGCGUCAAGCUAAUGGCACCUUCGGACCUUUUUUCUCCUCUAAGGUCACUUGGGAGUAUCUAAGAACGCACUCUCCAAUACAAUCUUGGCAUAAGAACAUGUUCCUCGAAGCUCCUUCAGGGCUUAGAUGGCAUUGCUGCGAAGACUGCCUUCAAAGGAUAGACUCUGAACAAACUUGUGUUCUCUGUUCCUCGGGCAUUGAGACGCAUCACCACCUCUUCUUCGAAUGUGGUUUCUGCUUUGCUGUCUGGUUACACUUUGCCUUGAACGUCUGGCCCAACCCACCAUCAGAUUUUCACUCGGCAGCUGCUUGGAUCACUUUGGCUUGUUCUCCCGCAAGCCCCCAAGCGUCUUCCAUCAUAAAACUUAUUUUUCAGUCCGCCAUUUACCUAAUUUGGAAGGAAAAGAAUGCUCAUAUCUUCUCAGCCAUCUCGACUUCCCCUUAUAACAUCUGCUUUUCCCUUGAUCGUCUUGUGCGCGACUGUUUGCUCUCAAUUCCUUCAAGGUCUCACUCCUCUGUCUCUAUGCUUGAGUUUUAUUUCUCGUGUAUCAGGCCCCCU